AUGCCUGGUGUUCCUCCCGACGCGCUUGAGCAGGUCAAGAAAGGCUUCAAGCGUCUGUUCAGUCGCAAGAAGAAGGCCAAGAAAAAUGAGGAGUCUUUUGAGGCCCAGCGUCCUGGUGUGACCAGCGCUCCCGUGGGCAACGAGGCCGCUGCUGCUAAGCCUGACCCCUCUGCCACCACAGACUCUAAGACCGACACUGCCAAGUCUGAUGCUACUCCUGCUCCGCCCACUGCCCCUGCUGCUCAGCCUGAAGCCGCUGCUGUGCAACCCGAGGCGCCUGCUGCUAAAGUUGAGGAGCCUGCUGCUAAGCCUGAGGCCCCCGCUGCCCAGACUGAAGCCCCCGCUGCCCAGCCCGAAGCUCCUGUUGUCCAGCCCGAAGCUCCUGUUGUCCAGCCCGAGGCGCCUGCUGCUACGGCCGCAGAGCCUGCCGCCAAGCCUGAUGUUCCCGCCAAGUAA